AUGCUCCCUUCUUGCCAACAGAUGUAUGGCCAAACAUUACGCUCAGUCGCGAGUUAUAUCGGAAACACAAACGAGCAACAGGACUUCGCAUCUAUUAUCCUCGUUGGAAGCAUGCUAUGUCUGUACGAGUGUACGUAUGCUCCGGGUUGCGAGCUAUUCAGCUCUAAGCAGAUGGAAAAGUACUUCGCCCAUGUUUUCGGGUUUGAGGCACUUCUGAUGUCGAAAGACCCUUCAUUUUACGCCCAGGGCAUGCUACAUUAUAUAUUUUGUGAUACGCGUUUUCAACAGAUCACUCUCCAGUUACAGCUACGGAUAAAAGCAGCACUUGCCGAGAAGAGAUGGACAACGUUGCCAUGGAUGUAUAUACCGAAGACAACGAAGGAUGUUCUCAUGGAUAUCAUGGCAGAUUUGUGCUGUGUCAUUGCAAAGAGUGACUCAAUCGCAAUCCAAGGACCAACACCUGAGCAAGCUUCCCAAAGGAAAGAGGUGGAAUUGGAAUGCUGGAGGCUCCAUCAAGAGAUGCAGAAAUGGACAGCUGGUUUAGGCUACCCAGCCAUCCACUAUCUGAACAGCGCCAAAGCAGGUGUAGGGACGAGAGUCGAGCCAACAGCAGAAGAAUGUGCAAUCACUGAAAUGUCUCUUCUGUAUUGCUCCGCGUGCAUCAUUUUGUACGAAUGUCUUCGGGCAAAUUCUGACAAAUCCGAUGUGGCUGAUUGGCCUGAAGAGACGGACCCGCGCCUGUACUGCCAUAAGAUCGGCUCGUUUCUAGAGUUCUUCAUGGCAUUUAAACAGGCAGGCAAAAUUAUACAAAUGGUUAUUUUUGCCGUGCUUAUUGGUCUUCAAUUCAUCACCAGGCAGGAGGCACUAGGAGAUAAUUUGGUUGAAGAAAAAAUGGCCUUGUUCACAAGCUUGGGAGAUUUGCGUGAAGUUGUCUUGGGAGCAGUUGAUGGUGUUGACCAAGCCUCGGCAAUCCAUCACGCCAGGGAAUUAUCAGCAUCGAAGCAGAUCACCUGA